AUGGCUUUUGCAAAAAAUAUCCUCCUCGCCGUGCUGACGCUGGCCACGGCGGCCCGGGCGGCAUGCCCCCUUCCCUCGUCAUACAAGUGGUCGUCGAGCAAUGCACUAGCGAACCCAAAGUCCGGCUGGGUGUCGCUCAAGGACUUCACUGUCGUCCCUUACAACGGCCAGUACAUCGUGUACGGUUCAGACGUCAACACGGCAGGCAGCUACGGGUCUAUGGCCUUCGCUCCGGUAUCUAACUGGUCUGAACUUGCCUCGGCGACCCAGACGGGCAUGAAACAAGCGGCCGUGGCGCCCUUCCUCUUCCACUUCACCCACAAGGACACGUGGGUCCUGGCUUAUGAAUGGGGCGCUGCUGCCUUCAACUACAUGACGUCAAGCGAUCCCACCGAUGCGAACUCGUGGUCCUCGCCGAAGCCGCUCUUUUCCGGAAGCAUUAGCGGUAGCAGCACGGGGCCCAUCGACCAUACACUCAUCAGCGACGGGACAGAUAUGUACCUUUUCUUUGCAGGAGACAACGGCAAGAUCUACCGCUCCAGCAUGCCCGUGGGAAACUUCCCGGCCAGCUUUGGGACCUUGUACACAACCAUCAUGAGCGCAAGCACCAACGAUCUCUUCGAGGCCGUCGAGGUGUACAAGGUUGCCGGCUUUCAACAAUACCUCAUGAUCGUCGAGUGCAUUGGAUCUCGGGGUCGAUACUUCCGUUCCUUCACCGCCACCUCGCUGAGCGGCUCGUGGACUCCGGAUGCUGCAACCGAAAGCAAUCCCUUCGCCGGUGCCGCCAACAGUGGAGCUUCGUGGACCAGCGACAUCAGCCACGGUGACCUGAUCCGCAGCAGUGCCGACGAGUUCAAGACCAUUGAUGCCUGCAACCUGCAGCUCUUUUACCAGGGGAAAGCCAAGGGCUCCUCGGGUACUAGCUACAACCUCAUACCCUGGCGGCCCGGCGUACUGACGCUUGCCAACCCGGCCCCUAAUCAAGGUGGAAGUUCGUCGCCCUCAUCCUUUUCGUCCUCAUCCACCUCGUCCCGUACCACAUUUGCCACUUAG